AUGGCCGGAAAAGGUGGUAAGGGGCUUGUGGCAGGGAAGACCAUGGCAGCUGCAGCAGCUAACAAGGACAAGGACAAGGGCAAAAAACAGCCGGUCUCUCGUUCCGCUCGAGCGGGUCUUCAGUUUCCGGUGGGGAGAAUCCACCGUCAACUCAAGUCGAGGACCAAUGCUCACGGGCGAGUUGGAGCCACAGCCGCUGUUUACUCCGCGGCCAUCCUUGAAUAUUUGACGGCUGAGGUUCUUGAGCUGGCCGGGAAUGCCAGCAAGGAUUUGAAAGUGAAGAGGAUAACACCUCGGCAUUUGCAGCUAGCCAUUCGUGGGGAUGAGGAGCUUGACACCCUUAUCAAGGGGACAAUUGCUGGUGGUGGUGUUAUCCCUCACAUUCACAAGUCUCUCAUUAACAAAACCACCAAGGAGUGA